AUGAAUUAUCAUGAUAAUCAGGUUAUACAGAAACGGUUUGAUGGUUACCUAAGUUUUGACCGUACGUGGAAGGAAUAUAAAAGCGGAUUCGGCUCUGCUAGUGAAGAAUAUUGGCUGGGUAACGACAAUAUUCAUCAAAUAUCCACAUCUACUAGUCAUAAGUUAUCCAUUUAUCUAGAAGAUUUUACAGGAAGUUUUAAAUAUGCAAAUUACUCUCACUUCAUUAUUGGUGACGAGCUUAGAAAGUAUCAACUAAGGAUUGAUGGUCCUAAAGUAACAGCUGGUUUAGGUGACUAUCUAACAGCCACACAAAACACAUAUCUGUUUACCACUAAAGACCAAGAUAAUGACAUAUAUGGAUCCGGAUUAAACUGUGCCGUAAAACAAGGUGGCGGUGGAGGAUGGUGGUACAGUAACUGUGCAAAUGUUAAUCUUAAUGGACCCUACUUGGCAGGACCAGGGACAAAUCAAACAGCUAUGUUUUGUGUAGAGACUGUCAAAGAGUGUUUAGAUGCAGAAAUAUGUGGAGAUGAUGAGGUUUGCUUUACACAAAAAUACCAGACUCGUUUGAAGCAGGAAUUGUAUGAUUUGGGAUGCUCUCUUCAGCAGGUAAUACAGAGACGAUUUGACGGAAAUGUAAGUUUUGACCGUACGUGGGAGGAAUAUAAGAGAGGAUUCGGUUCUGUUAGUAGUGAAUAUUGGCUUGGUAAAAACUUAUCGUUCCAGAUGGCUGAUUAUUUAACAAGCUCGCACAACACAUAUAUGUUUACUACCAAAGAUCAAGAUAAUGACAACAUUGAUUAUAACUGUGCUGUUUAUGAAGGUGGUAAUGGAGGAUGGUGGUAUAGUAGCUGUGUGAUUGAUAAUCUGAAUUGA